CAGUGGAGACACGCCCAGCAGCUUCUUCCUCACUGCUGUGUUCACAGAAGUUCAAGCGCAUCUUUUAUGGUCCGUUAGGUGAAUACCGUUACUCUGCUACCGGACCACAACAAGGUAGCCAGAUAGAAAAGAACAAGACAUGGCGAAAACCUACGAUUAUCUGUUCAAACUGCUGCUGAUCGGCGAUAGUGGGGUGGGCAAGACGUGUCUACUUUUUCGAUUCAGCGAGGACGCGUUUAACACCACUUUUAUCUCAACUAUAGGAAUUGACUUCAAAAUCAGAACAAUUGAGCUGGAUGGAAAGAAAAUCAAGCUUCAGAUCUGGGAUACAGCUGGGCAAGAAAGGUUUAGAACCAUCACUACUGCAUAUUACAGAGGAGCAAUGGGAAUAAUGCUGGUGUAUGAUAUCACAAAUGAGAAAUCAUUUGACAACAUUAAGAACUGGAUCAGGAACAUUGAGGAGAAUGCAUCAUCAGAUGUAGAACGGAUGGUAUUGGGCAAUAAAUGUGACAUGAAUGACAAGAGACAAGUUUCAAAAGAAAGAGGAGAAAAGUUAGCUAUUGAUUAUGGAAUCAAGUUCCUGGAAACCAGUGCAAAAUCCAGCACAAAUGUUGAAGAGGCCUUUGUCACACUUGCUAGAGACAUCAUGACCAGACUAAAUAGAAAAAUGAAUGAGAAUAACCCUUCAGGAGGUGGAGGAGCAGUGAAAAUCACAGAGAAUCGAUCCAAGAAGCCCAGCUUCUUCCGCUGCACUCUGCUCUAACCCGCCAGCUCCCGCGGCCUCUGUGUGAACGAUGUCAUUUUCCCGUGCGUGCGUGAGCUCAGUAUGUGUGCGUCUGUGUGAGCGUUUACAGUACCACUGGACUUUCAGCUGUUAGCUGCUGCUGAGAGCUUUGGCCUUCUCAUUAAUACACAUUUUAAAGGCCUGAAAGAUUACGGUAGAAAAAGGACUCCUAAAAGUCCCCUUUAAACCAAAAUAUCCAUCAUUCGUCCACCCAGUAUGGAUAUAUUUCAGCUUAAUGUAGCCUGAUUGGAAUUCUAAAGAGCUACUUUAUUAUUUUUUCCGAAUGAUUAAUAAUUCAUUAGACAAAAUUUGAAUUGUAGUUACAUUGAUAUAUUGCUUUGUCACUAUUUGUUGAAGAAAAAUAUCCAAUAAGAUUAGAGAAUAUUAAACUCUUGCUAUUAUGCAGGCUUUUGGCAAUAAAAGAAGACUUUGGAUAGUUAAAUGUAUUGGUCAAAAUGAAGGACAUGCAAUAUAUAUAUUUUAUAUAUUAUUUUGAAUGUUAUGUUUUGUUGUAUUGAAGUCCAUUUUAUAUAUAGUUUAAUACGAUUCCUUUGUUGUUUUGUGUUACUCUUCCAAAGCCGCAAUAAACUGUGGAAUCAAAAUCAAUGUUCCACGAGCUGCAGUCUUCCCCCGCGCUUUACCCACCUUAUGCCAUUAACAGUAAGUAAACAGACAUUAUCCAAACUGUGAUUGGAUACUGUUUUUUCCGCAGUCAAAAUUUCUUUAAUCUCUUAAACAGUACUAAAGAAUAACGAGAAUGGAUCAAGACCAUUUUUUUAUAACGCUUGUUGAAGCAGCAGCCAGCUAGGCCCUGUAUAUUAGUAUAUACAGUAUUACAUUUACUAAUGGUAUUAUAUUUUUAUACUCUACGCAUAUACGUAUGCAUCUUUUACUUACCACUGCAUAAAAGCCACCUAAAGCAUGUGCUUUUGUGUGACUGAUGUAUUGUUGAUACUUAUUUUUCUAACUCAUAUUCAUGUCAUCACAGUAUUCCGGUCUUUUUUUAAAUCCACCUUUUAUAAGACUCUGAACGUGAGGUCAUGUAGUGUUUACAGUACCAUUGCAAUGGUAUUUUUUCUGUCAUGCACUGUUACUUGUGUGUGUGUGGUUCUCUCGUAGAACCUCCUCACUGCAUAAACCACUGAGGGCCUGCCUCUAAAGUCUGUCUGUCUUAAAAUAAUGCAGGAUUGUACUAGCCUGAAUCUCUCAUCCCAUGAGCUUAUAGAUAUAUUACCAGGCAUGGACAGAACGGAUGCACUUGAUUUGUUUUUUUGCACUGAUUUCGGGAAAAAUGUGUGGAAUUGAACAAAUUAAAAUGUGCUGAAACGAGCUAUGAUACUUAAGUCUUAUUAUAAAACUACUCAGAAGGGGCAGGAGAUCAGAAUUUUGUAAAUGACAGGGGAUCAAUUUCUUGCAGAGAUUACCAUGUGGGCCAGGUUUAGAUAUCAUUGAAAUCUUUAAAAUAACAAAAUGAUUCAGUCUACUGUUUAUGUUUAGAGGUGAACGAUUGCUUGAGUUCCAUUGACAAAAUUCUUGCUCAAAGUCAUGCCAUUUUAACUUAAUGGCCCUGUUGUCAUGAUCUGAAUAUGCAUGCAGGCGCAUUUGCAUAUUUUACAAUGAAACUGUGACGGCACUCGACCUCCUAAAUGAACAAAGUCUUAACUGUUUAAUGCUCCUUUUAUGUCCCAUUUUCUAACAUGUCUUCCUUGACUUUCUUGUCUGUUCUGUAAUAUGUCAGUGUUAACUGAUGAUGUAAAAAUAAUAAAAUAUCUUUUAUAAGUUA